AUGAGACAUUCGUUUUUCUUAUAUAUUGGUGCUGGAGCGGCGGUGGUUUUGUUGCUGUUGGAGGUGAGAAAUGGAAUGCGCGAUGAUCAUUAUCAAAUGGUGGCCGAGAGGGGACAAAGUGUGGCCGAUCAUGCUGGAGAGUUCAUCGAGAAGAUCAGAAAUUCAAUCCUCUCGAUCGGCACCGAUGAUAUGUUCGGGCCAUAUGACAUGGAACAAUAUAAAUUACCGGACGGAUCGUUGACAGGAAAUGAGAUGUUUGUGUGGUACGCUUUCUAUGAUCUCAGAGAUCCAGAAGGGCCAAGAAUACGUCUCUUAGCAAAUACUGUGUGCAAAGAUCUAAAAAAAGAGGAUGUGGUUGUUGAGGUGAAUCCAGAGACAUCACUGGCGUUGGAUUGGAUUGAAGUGCUUGGAUCUGCUGGUUGUUCUGGUGGUGGGGGUGGACAUUGUCGAUUACAGGAGACUGAUCUCUCGACCGUUGUUUAUCGAGGAACAGUGCCUGAUGAGAUAACGGUCAUCAGAAAAGGUCAACGGGCAAAGAUGAAAUUGCACAUGAUGCCCGAUAAUUACAAAGAUCAAAUCAACUCUUGUAUCAUUGCUCCAUUAUUUUGGUACAAUGAUUGGCCUCGAUUAUUCAUUUUCCUCGAGUGGUGGAAGAGGAACAAAAUCAACAAGAUUCUCCUUCACGUUCACUCAAUUUCGGCUCCGACAAAGAAAAUUAUCGAUUAUUAUGUGGAACAGGGUUUGGUUGAGGUUCGGCCAUUCCCAUUGAUGCCUUACACAGCUCAAUACGAUCCAAACAACCAUGUCUACUACUCGGCCGAGCACAUGACAACGUUUUUCUGUGCCGUUUGGUCGGACACAAAGUACACGACGAUGAAUGAUGUGGAUGAGAUUUUCCAUGUCAGAAAUCGAAGUGAAACUCUUCUCGAUGUGGCGAGGCGACAAAUGGAUCCGAUUAAAUACCCGGAUGUUGGAGCCAUCUGGUUAGAGCACAAUGGACUCGGGUUUCCCGGUGGAAUUGCGCCUGAUCCAUGGGAUUUCGAUAAAUUUCGAAAAAUGGGUUUCGUCAAGCAAGCACAUCCAUUUGGGCAAGGAAGAGCUGGGAAAUACCUCUACCAAACACAGUACGCAAAGUUGCCUUGGAUUCAUGGAAUGAGAAUUUUUUACGCGAAUAAACGCUCGGAAAUGAUUCCAAGAGAGCAAGCGAUUUAUUUGCAUAUGCGAAACGAGAUGACGAACAUUGCAACAAUGCCACGACUUUACCCAGAUUUCAAAUUGUUUGAGGAUGACGCAGCCGCUGAGAUGGGUCUCAUUUUGGGAGAGAUCUUCAGCGACGGAGCGCCGAGCUUUAAAUUCAAAGAGACGAUGCCUGUUGUGGAGAAUUGUAUUCAUCGGGCACUCGUUGAGAUCCCGGGUCAAGAUUGUAUUAAGCCAACGGGUCCAACAUGUUACGCAGCACUGAAAGAUCUCGAUGAUUGGGUGUAUGCAAAACCGAUUGAAGACAGCAAAUAUACUGUAGUU